AUGUCAGACACCGUUACUGAAGGUUCCUCUCAAGAGGAAAAAACACACGCCCCACCAUUGGGUAGACCAGACGCCGGAAUGGAUGACGGUGGAGAAUCUUCCGAUGAUGAUAUCGAUGCCUUAAUCGAGGAAUUGCAAUCUCACCACGGUGAAGGUGAUGACGAGGAAAGUGACGACGGUGGUGCCGCCGCCGCCGGUGAAGCUCGUGUCGUCCCAGAAGAAAUGUUACAAACAGAUCCAAACACAGGUUUGUCUUCAGAUGAAGUCGCCCACAGAAGAAAGAAGUAUGGGUUGAAUCAAAUGAAUGAUGAAAAGGAAAACUUGAUUGUCAAAUUCGCCAUGUAUUUCGUCGGUCCUAUUCAAUUCGUUAUGGAAGCUGCUGCUAUCUUGGCUGCCGGUAUUGCCGAUUGGGUCGAUUUCGGUGUUAUCUUGGGUCUAUUGAUGUUAAACGCUGGUGUUGGUUUCGUACAAGAAUUUCAAGCUGGUUCCAUUGUCGAUGAAUUGAAAAAAACUUUAGCCAACUCUGCCACUGUCAUUAGAAACAGUCAAGUUGUCGAAAUCCCUGCUAAUGAAGUCGUCCCUGGUGAUAUCUUGAGAUUAGAAGAAGGUGUCAUUAUCCCUGCCGAUGGUCGUUUAAUCACUGAAGGUUGUUUCUUACAAAUCGAUCAAUCUGCUAUUACUGGUGAAUCCUUGGCUGCUGAUAAACGUUAUGGUGAUCCAGCUUUCUCCUCUUCCACUGUCAAGAGAGGUGAAGGUUUCAUGGUCAUUACUGCUACUGGUGAUAACACUUAUGUCGGUAGAGCUGCUGCUUUAGUUAACCAAGCUUCUUCUGGUUCUGGGCAUUUUACUGAAGUCUUGAAUGGUAUUGGUAUUUUAUUGUUGGUCUUGGUCAUUGCUGCCUUGUUAGUUGUUUGGACUGCUUGUUUCUACAGAUCUUUGAACAUCGUUACUAUCUUGAGAUAUAUGUUGGGUAUUACAAUUAUUGGUGUUCCAGUCGGUUUACCAUGUGUCGUCACCACCACCAUGGCUGUCGGUGCUGCUUACUUGGCUAAGAAACAAGCUAUUGUUCAAAAAUUAUCUGCUAUUGAAUCUUUGGCCGGUGUCGAAAUUUUGUGUUCUGAUAAGACCGGUACUUUAACCAAGAACAAGUUGACUUUACACGAACCAUACACUGUCGAUGGUGUCACCGCUGAUGACUUGAUGUUAACUGCUUGUUUGGCUGCCUCCAGAAAGAAGAAAGGUUUGGAUGCUAUAGAUAAGGCUUUCUUAAAGGCUUUGGCUCAAUAUCCUGUUGCUAAGAAUGCUUUGACUAAAUACAAGGUUUUAGAAUUCAGACCAUUCGACCCUGUCUCCAAGAAGGUCACUGCUAUUGUUGAAUCCCCAGAAGGUGAAAGAAUCAUCUGUGUUAAAGGUGCUCCAUUAUUCGUCUUAAAGACUGUCGAAGAAGAUCACCCAAUCCCAGAAGAUAUCCAUGAAAACUAUGAAAACAAAGUCGCUGAAUUGGCUUCCAGAGGUUUCAGAGCCUUGGGUGUUGCUAGAAAGAGAGGUGAAGAACAUUGGGAAAUCUUGGGUGUUAUGCCAUGUAUGGAUCCUCCAAGAGAUGAUACUGCUGAAACUAUUGAUGAAGCUAGAAGAUUAGGUUUAAGAGUCAAGAUGUUAACUGGUGAUGCUGUCGGUAUUGCUAAGGAAACUUGUAGACAAUUAGGUUUGGGUGACAACAUCUACAACGCUGAAAGAUUAGGUUUAGGUGGUGGUGGUUCCAUGCCAGGUUCUGAAUUGGCCGAUUUCGUUGAAAAUGCUGAUGGUUUUGCUGAAGUCUUCCCACAACAUAAAUAUAAAUGUGUCGAAAUUUUACAAAAUAGAGGUUAUUUGGUCGCCAUGACCGGUGAUGGUGUUAACGAUGCUCCUUCCUUAAAGAAAGCUGAUACUGGUAUUGCUGUCGAAGGUGCUACUGAUGCUGCUAGAUCCGCCGCUGAUAUCGUCUUCAUUGCUCCAGGUUUAUCCACCAUCAUUGAUGCCUUAAAGACUUCCAGACAAAUUUUCCACAGAAUGUACGCUUACGUUGUUUACCGUAUUGCUUUGUCCUUACAUUUGGAAAUUUUCUUUGCCCUAUGGAUUGCUAUCUUGAACCACUCUUUGGAUAUUGAUUUGAUUGUUUUCAUUGCUAUUUUCGCUGAUGUUGCUACUUUGGCCAUUGCUUACGAUAAUGCUCCAUACUCUCAAACUCCUGUCGAAUGGGAUUUACCAAGAUUAUGGGCCAUGUCUAUUAUUUUAGGUUGUGUCUUAGCUGGUGGUUCUUGGAUUCCAUUGACUACUAUGUUCAAGAGAAGAGGUGGUAUCAUUCAAAACUUUGGUUCCAUUGAUGGUGUUAUGUUUUUGGAAAUUUCUUUGACUGAAAACUGGUUGAUUUUCAUCACUAGAGCUGUCGGUCCUUUCUGGUCUUCUAUUCCAUCAUGGCAAUUAUCUGGUGCUGUCUUGGCGGUCGAUGUCAUUGCAUUGAUGUUCACAUUAUUCGGCUGGUGGUCUCAAAACUGGACUGAUAUUGUUACUUGUGUCAAGAUCGGUGUCUGGUCCAUUGGUAUCUUCUGUGUUAUGGGUGGUUUAUACUACAUGAUGUCUGAAUCUCAAGCCUUUGAUGACUUUGUCAACUUUAGAAAGAAGAAGGAACCAGAAUCCACUAAAUCUGUUGAAGAUUUCUUGGCUGCUAUGAGAAGAGUUUCUACUCAACACGAAAAGGAAGCUUAA